AUUUAUUCAGAGCACUCAUGGAGUCAAAAGCACCCAAGCACAAGUACCUCAAGAAGACGAAGGAGAAGUUCCAAGUGAACCUCUUCCCUCUAGACCCUGAGAUGGAGGGCGCAGCCCUCCCUCAGCCAUCAGAUGGAGUGGAUGAGGAGGACAAGUGUAGCUACAUAAGUUGUUCCCAUCGGCCAACCUUCCAUCAUCUUUCAGUCUUGAAAACAGAGUACAAGAUCAAUCUGGUACUCACUUGUCAGGGUGAGACUGAAAGUCCUAAGGAUAUUAAAUAGAAUGUGUAAAACUCUAGGUCUUGCUCACUGAUGGCUGAAUUUGCCUGGUGCGAACCAGCCUUUGCUCAGCAAAAAAACUACAAGAGCAGCUAUCACCAAAACUCUAUUGGGACUAUACAAACAACUGAAAGGCUGCUCAGAUUCCCAAGGCGGUUGCAUGAGGAUAUUCGUGCAUUGAGCGGCAGGAAUUCAUCGAACUGGAGUCAUCUGCUACAUCAUCCAGAGAAUGAUGGGCUAUAGUGAGACUGAAGCCUUCGAGAACCUCCAGCACAUCAGGGAACAUACCUAUAAAGGUGUCAAGGAGUGGCGGAUCCAGCUUGCCGAAGAAGUCUGGACGGCAAUGAAGAAGAAGAUUGAUAUGGCUGAAUUUGAGGAGCCCAGUGAGCCAGAAGAGCAGAAGAGACCCAGUUCUGGAGGUGAAAAGGGCUCCAAAGAGGCUUUAGAGGUGGUGCCUGGAGAAGAUAGGGAUAGAUUUGGGUAA